AUGUCUCCCAUCCCGGAUCGGGUACAUGCUUCGACGUCCCUCAUUCCUUUCCUUGACGGCGACUGUAGAGAGCUUUCUCUCCCCAUCCCAAAGCACAUCACAUCUUGACAAUAGGAAUGUCCUAUCCAAAAUCGACAGGUGCAGGUCGGAAAUUCUCCAUUAUACAAGGUAGAGAGAAUGUUGGGAGCAGGAGGUUUUGGGCUGGUCUACAUUGGACGAAGGGUGGCUGGUGGAUCUCAGGGCAAUGGGCCCAAUGCCUUUAAGGUUUAGUUUCAACCUCCCAUCACUCCUGCCACGGGAAUCUUUAAAUACUGCUGUUUUAUGUUGUCUCUUUCAUUUUCCUGCGGUGGGUGUAGGUAGCACUGAAGUUUGAGCAUAGAAAUAGCACGGGUUGCAGAUUUGGCCCCCCAUAUGAAUGGCAAGUUUAUGAGUAAGAAGACACCCCCUACUGCUCUAAUUUAUUACGUAUUGUGUCGAUCUAAAACUAUGUUCUUCACCUGACUUUGUGAAUAUGGUUUUAGCCAUCUCAAGGGAUGCUAUGGAUUGCCUAGGGUGCACUACAAGGGCCGCCAAGGAGAUUAUUUCGUCAUGGUUGGCAUAGAGUCUUUCAUUUUAUUGUUUCCUCGAAUUAUAUUUUUUUAUUGAAAGCUAGUUAUGAUAUUGUUGAUGAUGAUUGCUGCAGAUCAUGGACAUCCUUGGACCAAGUCUUCUGGAUGUGUUCAUAUCCAUUGGGCAAGUGUAAGAAAAUAAUCUUGACUUCAUAUUCAAAGUCAAUAUUCUGUUGAAAAUUGUGCUAUUGAGUUUGACUAACUCCUUGGACAGAAUGCCACCAAAUAUGGUGGCUUGUAUUGCUGUGGAGGCAAUAUCCAUCCUUGAGAAGCUACACCAAAAAGGGUAUGUAUGGCUUUGUGGCAGUGUGAUAUUUUUUCAAUUAUAUUUUCGCAAAGGUCACAGUAAUUAAUUCAUUGCUCCCUUGUGCACUCCCUCCCUCCACCCACACAAAAAAAAAACAUGCCAGGUUUGUGCAUGGAGACGUCAAGCCAGAGAAUUUAUUGUUGGGUAAACCCGGAAGCUCAGGGGAGAAGAAGCUUUUUCUCAUCGACUUUGGGCUGGGUAUGUUGCUGCAUUCCAAUCACUUCUUGUUUUCACCUCUCGUGCCUAUUGAUUUUAGAGUAGGGUUUGUUUUUCCAAGUAUAUAAACAAAUUUGUCUUGACUGAGAAGUCCCUGUCUGUAUCAACAUCAGUGAUAUUUUUGUGCUUUGUUCAGAGCCUGUACAAAUGCUAAUUGGUGUCAUUAAUAUUUUAAUCAGCUUCAAUGUGGAGGGACAGUUUGUCAGGCCAGCAUGUCAGAUUAUGCCAACAGCCAGAUAAUUUCAGGUUUUUUGGGAAACGAUAUUCUAUUUUUUCCCUAAAUUCUUAGCUAAGAUGAGGAUUCAUAAAAUCUUACCCCUACCUUACUAUCUAUCUCAUGUUCCCUAGGGGCACAACACGAUAUGCAAGCGUCCAUGCACAUUUAGGCCUCACAGCGAGUAGAAGAGAUGAUCUUGAGUCAUUGGCCUACACUCUGAUUUUUUUGAUUAAAGGAAGGCUGCCGUGGGAAGGCUAUCAGGUUUGCUUCCACCUCUACUUGUACAUGUUCUCCCAUCUCUUUGAUUCAUCACUUGCUGAUUCUUAUGCCAACUAUGUAGGGGAAUGACAAGAGGUUUCUAGUCUUCAUGAACAAGACUGUAACCUCCCCCGAGAUGCUGUGUGGUGGCUGUCCCCCUCCUUUCGCACAAUUCCUUGAAGCAGUGAAGAAGAUACAAUUUGUUGAGCAGCCCACCUACUCGAAGCUCAUUUCUCUUUUUGGAAGCUUGAUAUGCUCCCCCUGCACCCUGUUAAAGACCAUUCGGAUUGAUGCAAUUUUGAAGGUGGUUGCAAACAUGACAUCACUGAAAUUACCUCGCAUAUUUUUAUUUUAUGUCAGAUGGUUUUAUCUCUUUUUCAUGGCUCUAUCAUCUGUUGUUAAAUAGGCUGACCAUGUUUCCAACAGGUUCACCAAAAACGUGGAAGAUUGCAGGUAAAUCAUGAAGAAGAUGAGUGUCAUAGAAAGAAACGGAUAAAAUGUUUGAUUGAUGACAGACCAUGACCAUGUACAUGUAAGAAUAUAAAUAAAAUCUGUAAAGUGCCAAUUGAGAAAACAUAAAUCUCAUGACUAAAUUAUUUAUUAUUAUUGUUCUUAUUUAUUCAUAAAGAAAAUGAUAGUUUAAAAGCCUCAUAUUAAGGGCAUGAAUAUAAUACUUUUUUAAUGUAAUCAUAACUAUUGAUAAAGGUGUGUAAUUAUUUAUGCAAAAAGAGAAACUAUAUCAAUCAAUGAUAAUAAUAUAAGACAAUCAUUUAGAGGGCGUGAGUAUAAGUAGAUAUUUAUAUAAUAGUUACUUUUGCUAGGAAUAUGUAUCAUUUAUUGCCAACAUUUAAACUUUAGAAAUGUUUUGUACCUACUAUUUAUUCACCUUGGAAAUGGCACCACUUUAGACGUAACCUAUUAAGUACAGGAAUAUAAUAUGUUUAAGUACAUUCACACUUACAAAUUAUCAAAAACAAUUAUUAGACCCAUAAAUGUAAAUUUUAUGCAUAAAUAAUGAAUAUUACUUCUUUAUAAGAAAGCUGGCACAUAAAAAUACAGUAUUAAAGGGAAGAAAUCUAAUAUUAUUUCAUACAAUCAUAAUGAUUAGUUGCAAUGAAUAAUUACUAUAGUUUACCAAAACUAAAAAAUUUAUCAUUAAAUAAAUGAACACUACAAGUAUUGGAUUAAAUGGCACGAAUUUUAUAGUUUAGGUUAUAUUUAUUUAUUAGAAUAUUAAAUAUUAUUAGAAAUAUUAUUUAUUAGAAUACGUAAAGUUAUGAAGAAAUAAUAAUUAUGUAUUGGAAGCUUAUGUGUCCACCAAAGGACACACAUCCACCCCAUAAUGUGUUCAGAACCACAUGCAGUCCAAAAUUGAAAGUAAUGUAAUGCCAUAAUUGGUUCCCAUCAUAGUAAAAGUAUGAUUUCUUUAGUGAUGAUCUAAAAAUUAAGAAACAUCUAAAUUCAUAGAAGAUUGGGUAGAUAAAGAGGAGUUUGAAAUAAAAGUCACAUAGCUAUGCUUUGUAAUGUUUUCAAUUUGAAAAGCAUAUUUUGACAAAGUUAAAUCUUAUAUGAUUCACAUGGAUGAAUGUCAUCAUAUAUACCUGACGUGACUUAGUUGUUGUAUAUUAAACCACGCAAAUAUAAAAUUUAUAAAACUAGAAAAUACGAAUUUUCAGAUAUUUAGAAGUAUUUCUAAAUAAAUAUAUCAAUUAUAAUUCAAUAAAACUUCCAAAAAUAGCAGUAAUUUCCCAGGUCAAUCACAGGGAUGUAAUAUAAUAUUUUGUAAUUAUUCAGAUUUUUUCUCAAUGAAUACGAUUUUCUAUGAGUUUUAUACUAGGAAAUGAAAAGGAAAUAUAUUUAAAAUUCACGAAAAAAGGAAAUAAGGGUGCGGACGUGAGGAUUACAUAAGCGCCCGGCGAAUGCGAAUCGGGCGGAAACAAAGUUCCGCCCGGCGAUUCGCAUGUAAGCGAUUACAGACGAUUUCAUUAAUCAAAUUAAGAUCUGUAAAAGCUGAAAGAAUCGUAAUUGAACGAAGUAUAUUUUGGUAAAUUCAAAUCACACAAAGUAUCACUCAAUGAAGCGUAAAUUAAAUUGAAAGCAGGAAAAUAGAGUUCCGACGUCGCGACGACGAUGCGUCGGUGAUGCACCGGAAUCCUGAGCGUUUGGGAGGAUCGUCGUGUAGUGUCCACAGCCUCGAAGGCUCUCCUUGGACAAAGAUGACGUGGGCAAUCUCUAGAUCUUCUCGUGAAGUCUAGAGAUCAAUGAAGUGGGUCAUCAAAUCGUCUCCGGUGGCUGUCACCCAGCGGAGCGGAAAAACGGGGACUUUGCGGCUCUCCGGCGGCUGUCACCCGAUGGAGAGGAGCUGGAUGGAGGUGGGGCGUGUGUCAGAGAGCUUCAUCCUCAGGUCCGCGCAGCAAGGGGAGGCUCUUCAUCACAUCUAGUACGCUCUCAGGAGGUGGCGACUCGUCUCCCGGCGGAUCGUCCUCUUCCCGAUGACGGCUUGUUCAUCGAUCAAUCGGAGAUGAUUUACUCGAUGGAUUCGCGAUCCUUUUAUCGUGAAUCGUUAAGCAACUUUAGUAGCAAUGCUCCGCGAAUCGCGUUGACGAGAUUUUUGCCGAUGAUCCAGCGAUUCUGGUUGCUUAAUCCUUCAGCGGCGAUCUGCAGGAAAGUCGCGAUAAUCAGAUAAAAAUAUAUGAAUUUUGACUCUAGGAGGAUUCGAUCCCGCGCCGGUUGUCCGCCCCUUCCGAGGAAGGUGUGACGCGGGUUUAGUCCCACAUCGGUUGUGCGCCGAUUUUUCAAGUGAAUAUAAAGUAAUGUUAGCUUUCUAAGCAAAGUCCCUUCUCUCGCGUGUACGACCACUCCUUGCCCCACAGUCGGCUGGCCACCGGUGACGUGGAAGGGGAGUGGUGCACAUGUGCCCCUAUCGGUCCAAGCCGCUUGAGCCCCUGCUCGCGGAUAAUCCCCGACUGAGCUUCCGACCCGCUUGCGGGCCCAGUUGGCCGGCAGGUUCCCCCCAUUUUGCAAUAUUUUAGUUUUAUUUCUUUUUCUUCAUUUAUCUCAAAAGUAAGACUGUAAAAAUCAUAUAAAUUUGUAUAAAAUCACAUAAUUAUCUAAAAAAUCACAUUAAUCAACUGAAAACCACAUUUCACACUUUAACACAAAUAUAAGUCUAUUUAUCAUGAGUUAAGGCUAAAACUAUAUUAUUUACUAAUUAUUAACCCAUGAUAAUGAAGACUUAUCAAGGACGAUCUGCUGGGAGAUGAGUCGCUGAUAAGUCUUCAUUAUCAUGAGUUAAUAAUUAGUAAAUAAUAUAGUUUUAGCCUUAACUCAUGAUAAAUAGACUUAUAUUUGUGUGAAAAAAUGAUUUGUGGUUUUCAGUUGAUUAACGUGAAUUUUUGGGUAAUUAUGUGAUUUUAUACGAUUUUUACAGUCUUACUUUCGAGAUAAAUGAAGAACAAGAAAUAAAAAUAAAAAUAUUGCAAAAAUGGGGGGACCCGCCGGCUAGCCGGGCCCGCAAGCGGGUCGGAAGCGCAGUCGGGGAGUAGCUGCGAGCAAGGGCUCGAGCGGCUUGGCUUGGGGACCGAUAGGGCACGUGUACGCCACUCCCCUUCCACGUCACCGGUGGCCAGCCGGCUGUGGGGCAAGGAGUGGUCGUACACGCGAGAGAAGAGACUUUACUUACAAAGCUAA